UUUAAGAGAGCAUGUUUCUGCAUCAUCAUGACCCUGUCAGUCUGCUCCCUGAACUCUGAGCCUGUCCAUUGAAAAGACACAUUGUUUCUUAAGGCUGUUCUCUGAGUCUGUGUAGGAGAGACUGAGAGCAGCAUUACACUGAAGCACAGCACUGCUGCCUACAGACAUGGGUUGUUAUGAAUGCUGUAUGCGCUGUCUGGGAGGAGUGCCAUACGUCUCUCUCGUGGCCACUCUACUGUGUUUCUCUGGCAUUGCUCUGUUCUGCGGCUGUGGACAUCAGGCCCUUACAGAGAGCGAAAGACUCAUCGAGACUUACUUCGCCCGUGACCAUCAGGACUACAUCACCCUAGCGUACCUUAUUGAGUAUUUUCAGUACAUUAUCUAUGUCCUGGCCUCCUUCUUCUUCCUGUACUGUAUAGUCCUGCUGGCUGAAGGCUUUUACACCACCAGUGCAGUUCGCCAGUCAUUUGGAGAAUUUCGUAGUACAGUUUGUGGUCGCUGUCUCAGUACAACGUUCAUCGUGAUCACAUAUGUCCUGGUUGUAGUCUGGUUGCUGGUGUUCUCCCUCUCUGCGAUUCCUGUGUAUUUCUUCUACAACAUGGCAAACACCUGUCAGACUAUCAACUUCCUCUCUGAAACUCCCUCCAGCAUCAACCAGCUGUGCAUUGACGCCAGACAGUACGGUUUACUUCCAUGGAACGCAGUCCCAGGAAAGGUUUGUGGGAUGACCCUGUCGAAUGUGUGCAAGACAAGAGAGUUUUUCUUGACCUAUGACCUGUACAUCGCUGCCUUCGCUGGAGCGGGGAUGACGGUCUUGGCUCUGCUCACAUAUACUGUGUCCACCACCUAUAACUUUGCGGUUCUGCGGUAUCUGGGGAGGAAAGGCAUCAGUCCGCGGUGUUAACAUCUCUUCUGUCCUGGUGUCCACUGGUCCCUCUAUAACAGCACCAUUUCUCAUCUCGUGCUUUUCCACAACACCGUUUCCUGGCUGGUUUUUUUACAUUUUUGGAUUUAAAGGUUUAGAUUUUGGAAUCUUUUCUCCAAACUAUCUCUAUUUUCCACCUAUACCCCUCCCGUCCACCAGGGGAAGUAUUCUGCCUUCAAGUCUUCUGGGACAUUAUACAAAACGGGUGUGCAAAAGAUCCAUGUAUUUUUCAUUCUUGUGCUGCCACAAAGAAUGGCGGCAGUUGUAGUUUUGGUCUCAGUCGCCUCAUAAUCCAGCUAAACGAGUCGUUUUUUCAUGUUUUCAAGCCAACUUUACUAAUUUUCUUCUUCAGCAGUACACAACUAAACUGUACAGUCAACUUAAUUAUGACCUAGCCUAGGCCUAUAUAGUGAUUUUGAAAUUGUGUAUAACACAUAACACUGACUGUAAAAUAUUUAUGUAUGGGAUGCCAUAUUUUGAGUUUUGAUCAUUUUACCGGGCUAGUUUUGUUACACGGACUUGGCGACUCUGACGAUCAUGCCAACACAACUUGAAGUCAACUAUAAGUAUUGGAUUCCAUU